GUACAUGUCAAAAUAAUUUGUUUCUUUCUGCUAAUGAUAUUCAUUGGAUAGCAUGAAACUAAAUAGAUAACAUAUGUACAUACUAAUCGAUACUACUCAAAAUUUAAGUAUUUAACAAGUGUAAUUAUUGAAAAAUUUUUAAAAUUAAAUAAAUUUUACUAAUAGUAAUUAUUUAAUAAAAAAUUAUGGCAGUUAUCUGGAGAAAAAUGCAAUCACAAAAUCAUUUUUUAACUGAGUAAGCGUUAUACUUGAAAAUUUUAACACUCUUUGAUAUAUCUUUCUACUAGAAUAUAGAUACUAAUAUGUCAUAGAUUUGUCUUACUUGUUCAACUAUUUUCGAUGAUAAGAAACUACGUUUCUACACUCAUCAUUCAAGGAUUUUCCUUUGAAACUGUUGAUAGUACUUGAGUAUUUUCAUUACUCAAUGUAUUCUUCUGUUUUACAUGGUAAAUUAUCGUUGUUCUUAAUAUGGAUCACAAACUAUUUUUAUAUUAUAUUUAAAUAUUUUAGUUAUUAUUAUAUAGUAAAAUAGAAUGCCAAAUAUAUUGUGUGAUAAAUUUUUUGUAUAUGAAUUAACUGUCAGUUUUAAUCGAAUUUUUUUUUCUUUUUUUAGUUCUCAACUACGACGUGCAACUUAUCAUAUCGAAACACUCGAAGAACGUUUUGAACAGAUGUCUCGGACUUGUAAUACCGUCAUUACAACAGGGAAAUCAUUCGUGCUAGAAUUUCAAAAAUUUCUCAAAUGUAUAUAUGAUGUACGUGAAUUAUUUUCAUCUGAUGAAAUUGCAUAUAAAAGUUUAGCAAAAUUUGGAGAAUAUUUACGUGAGAUACAAUCAUUAUUUUCCAGUUUAAUCGAACAAACAACUCAUAGUGUAUUACGUACUUUAACACGUAUGUUAAAAGAAGAUAUUAGAAAAGUAAAAGAUCAAGGAAAGAUGUUUGAACGUUUAAGCAAUGAUUAUGAUAUAGCAUUACAAAAGAAUGCUGAUGCAUCAAAAAUGAAAACAACACUAUGUGAUGAUACAAGUAAAAUUUUAAUAGCUACAAGAAGUUGUUUUGGACAUACCUCUAUUGAUUAUACAUAUCAUAUUAACAUAUUAUUUGAUCAACACAAGGUGGAAUUAAUUGAACUAUUAUUAUCCUAUAUAAAUAUUCACAAAGCAUUUUUUCAUCAAGGUCAUGAACUUUUCUUAGACUCUGAAAAAGAUUUCACUGUUAUAUCUCAACAGCUUUCAAAAAUGCGUCAAGAAAAUGCUGUGAAACAGAAAAUACUUGAAAAGAAACAUGAUAAUAAUCAACGAAAAGGUGAUGAACUACCAAGAAAUUCAAUCUAUCCAAAUACAACUAAUUUAGUAUCAACUGAAAAUAUAGCAACAGUAGCAAUUGAUAAUCCAAAAGAAGGUUAUCUAUUUAAACGAUCACAUCACACAUUCAAAUCAUGGAGCAGACGAUGGUUUUUAAUAAAAAAUGGACAAUUAUUAUAUAUGAGACGUAGUACAUCAAAAGAUAUUGAAAAUGAACAGUCUAUUAUGGUACCAGAUCUUCGAAUUUGUACUAUUAAACCAGUGCCAGAUCACGACAGACGAUUUGUAUUUGAAAUACUUUCGCCUAACAGUUCACAUUUGUUACAAGCAGAUUCUCAAGCUGAUUUCGAUCAAUGGAUCAAUUCUCUUCAAUUAGCAAUAACAAAUUCAUUCAAAACAUUGACGCUAAAUGGAAAUGAUACAAUAACGUCAACUCCUAAAGCGCCAUACGAUGAUAAUCCAAGCGCUGUUUUACAAGCCAAAAUGGAAUUAAAGCAAAAAAUGAUUAAAGAGAAAAUUGAGCAUGUACGUAAAAUGCCUGGAAAUGAGAGAUGUUGUGAUUGUGAUGCUGGAAAUCCCGAGUGGGCUAGUAUCAAUCUUGGAAUUAUUCUAUGUUUACAGUGUUGUGGAGCACAUAGAGGUUUAGGUGUCAGUUUGUCUAAAGUACGCUCACUUCAUAUGGACUCUUGGGAUUUGGAAACAUUAUUAGUUAUGUCAGAAUUAGGCAAUACUAUAGUGAACAGUAUUUAUGAAUCAGAUAUGAAUAGAGCACGUAAACCUAAUGCAGACAGUGAUGCGCGUACGCCAACUACGACAGAUGUUGAAACAGAAAAUGUUCAUCUGGUAAAUAAUCAUCCGUUACAUUGGGAUCCAAACAUAUAUUUAUACGAAGGAGCCAAACAACGAAAUGUGACAAUCAUGUUACAUGCUUUGGCUCUCGGAGCAGAUAAAAAUUAUGCCAAUCCAUCAGAUAAUAAUCGUACACCACUUAUACAAGCAAUCGAGAGUAGAUCUGUAGCAGCUGCUGAAUAUCUUCUUGUAAAUAAUGCUAAAGUAAAUUUAGCUGAUAAAAAUGGUAAAACGCCACUUCAUUUUGCUACAAUGUUAGCUACUAAAGGACGAGGACCGAUCAUUUUGCUAUUGAAACGAGGCGCUGAUCCAUUGUUAAAAGAUAGCAACGGCAUUGAUUCUUGUGCUGCAUCGAUGGAUGUUGGAGAUCCCGAUGUGAUAACAUGGUACCGUUUGAUAUCUUUACAUAGACAAGAGCUUGAAGAAGAUCCAGAUGCCGAGAAAAGUUAUGUAUCGAUAUUAGAUGAUCCUGUCUAUCUGAAAGAAAUUGCUCGUUCACCGUCUGUUGAUGACAGAUGA